GACUGGGGUGAAAUGUCACUGCCAGUAGAAUCUCUGCGACGAGGGGCUCUCUCCCAGAGACAUAAACCAUGGCGUACGCUUCUUCGUUGUCUGGAAACCCAUGCUACAACGGUGAACCGAGACUGUUCUUCAAUUACACCACCAUAUGUCCAACUUAUUGAGAAGCUCGGUCGUGCUCAAGAACUUCUCAACAACAGGCCUCUGACUCUGGCAGAAAAGAUACUUUACAGUCACCUUACUGAUCCCGAGAAGAGUCUUGCCAAUGGAGGAAAGAUUAGGGGAGAAGUCUACCUCCAGCUGAGUCUGGAACGAGUCGCUAUGCAGGAUGCUUCCGCCCAAAUGGCACUGCUGCAAUUCAUGAGUGCGGGGCUUUCGAGGACUGCUGUUCCUUCAAGCAUACACUGCGAUCAUCUCAUUCAAGCUUCUGUUGGUGCUGACGCAGACCUGCAGCGGUCUAUCGAAUCUAACAAAGAGGUCUUUGAUUUUUUGGAGAGUGCCGCUCGGAAGUAUGGUAUUGAGUUCUGGAAGCCGGGUUCUGGGAUUAUACAUCAAAUUGUUCUUGAGAACUACGCUGCUCCCGGUAUGCUAAUGCUCGGUACAGAUUCUCAUACGCCUAACGCUGGUGGAUUGGGUAUGCUCGCUAUCGGUGUUGGAGGUGCUGAUGCUGUUGACGCCAUGACUGGUACGCCUUGGGAACUGAAAGCUCCCCAGAUCGUAGGUGUACAUCUGACUGGGAAACUCAAUGGCUGGGCCACACCUAAGGAUUUGAUUCUACACUUGGCAGGGAAACUCACUGUUCGGGGAGGAACUGGACGAAUUCUGGAAUAUUUUGGCCCUGGAGUGUUCAGUCAGUCAUGUACAGGUCUUGCUACGGUCGCGAAUAUGGGUGCUGAAGUCGGUGCUACGACAUCUACCUUCCCUUACACGCCAAAUAUGCGAGCAUAUUUGAAUGCCACCGGACGUGCACCUGUCGCCCAAGCUGCAGACGAAGCUGCUGCUAAGGGUUUUUUGAGCGCUGAUGAAGGGGCUGAGUAUGAUGAAGUAAUCGAGGUUAACUUAUCUGACCUCGAGCCUACAAUCAACGGCCCUUUUACACCCGAUCUCGCCACUCCUUUGUCCAAGUUCGGUGCUUUCGUGCAAGAACAAGGAUGGAAAGAUGAAGUCUCUGCCGCUCUUAUUGGCUCUUGUACCAACAGUUCAUAUGAAGAUAUGACCCGUGUCGCAGAACUUGCAAAACAGGCCAAGGCGGCUGGAUUGACUACCAAAGUUCCAUUCCUUUGCACUCCUGGUUCUGAACAAAUUCGUGCUACAAUGGAGCGUGACGAUGUCACGGCCAGUCUGGAAGGUGUUGGUGCAGUUGUACUGGCCAAUGCUUGUGGACCUUGUAUCGGACAAUGGAAAAGGGCGGAUAAGAAAGGAGAAGAAAAUGCUAUAUUGACCUCCUUCAACCGGAAUUUCAAGUCGCGUAACGACGGAAAUCAACUAACUAUGAAUUUCCUUGCUUCUCCUACCAUCGUUACUGCCAUGGCGUUUUCCGGAAAACUAUCGUUCGAUCCAACUACCGACUCCCUAACUACUCCUUCGGGUGAAAGCUUCAAGUUCUCACCACCUACAGGGCAAGACCUACCAGCGACAGGCUUUACUCCCGGAAAUAUUGACCUCUAUCCCGCUUACACGCCCGAACCUCAACCAGAUACAGAAGUGGUCAUUAGCAAGGACUCGCAGCGACUAGAAUUAUUGGAGCCAUUUACAAGUCCCUUCGAGGAAGGCAGUAAUAACCCAAGAGCAUUAGAACUUCCUACUAUGAAAGUUCUGAUGAAGGUUAGAGGAAAAUGUACUACUGACCAUAUAUCCGCGGCUGGCCCAUGGUUGAAAUAUAAAGGACACCUUACUAAUAUCUCGGAAAAUCUUCUCAUUACGGCUGUGAACGACGAAAACGGUGAUAUCAAUGUGGCAUUUGAUCAUGAACAUGAUGCCUCUCAAUCUACAAGUGAUACCAUUCCUGCUGUGGCAAAGAGAUUCAAAUCACGCGGCCAACCUUGGGCCCUGGUUGUAGACGACAACUACGGCGAGGGAAGUGCUCGUGAGCAUGCAGCCCUGCAGCCAAGAUUCUAUGGAUGUGCGAUGAUUCUGGCUAGGUCGUUUGCUCGAAUUCACGAAACAAAUUUGAAGAAACAAGGUAUUCUUCCUUUAUGGUUCGUAGACAAAGCCGACUAUGCCCGCAUCGGCUCGGGAGAUGCUCUCGAAACGACUGGCCUGGCUGAUCUAAUCAACGGUAACCAGAGCGCCACGGUUGCGUUGAAGGUGACGAAGCGCAGUGGAGAGAUAUUCGAGAUACCUACUAGACAUACGAUGUCGAGUGAUCAGGUGAAGUGGUUGAGAGCUGGGUCUGCGCUCAACCAUAUCCGUUCGCAAAUGAUGUCAUUAUAAAAAUAUGCAGAACUAUCGUAUCUCUUGGCACAGAGCGGCUGAGUUCAAAUGGCACAUAUGAUAUCGGGCAUUGUGUGUGGUUUGCACAAAUGAAAUAUCAUAUGAACCUAC